AUGUUGUUGUCAGUUUUAGAGCACACUGAUAAAGUGAACUCUCUACAAAGAAGAGCACGAAGCUGGGGUAUGUACUGAAGGCAAUACGCCUAUUGGUCUGAACCGGUCACUUCCCAGCAACAGCAAGACAGAGAUUCAAAAGAAAGUGAUGCUCAUAUGGACAUCCAAGCAAGAUAUGCUCCCUAUGCCAUUCCAUCCCGUCACUGGAGGAGUAGUUUUCAGAGAAAAGACCAAAUGCAUGUUAACAUGGAGACAAAGCAAAAGCCUCUGGAGAGAACAAUGAAAACAAAUAGACAGGAUGCGACCUUGGGGAGCUGGUUCAAGAUCAUCAUUCCCUUUGGUAUAAAAUAUGAUGAGAAGUGGCUGAUGAAUUUGAUUCAGAAGAAGUGCAGUGUCCCCUUUACUGCAGUUGAAUUUCACUAUGAGAAAAUGCAGGCCCAGUUCUUUGUUGAGAAAGCCAACGUUGCCUGUGCAUUGAAGAAUGUCAACGGCCAGAUUUUCAAUGAGGAUAAUGAAAAGAUACCUAUCUUUGUUGAGCCCUGUGAUGCACCCCAGUCUGUGCAGAAGGCACUGACAGCUGAAAAGUUGGAGCAGAUAAAGCUUUCAUCUUUGUACUUGAGCAACAAGAAGCCCUACUUGGUGCAUGGCCUGUCCACCAUUAUGGAGAUUGCUUCUGCCACCAAGAAGUUGAAUCUGUCCAGCACUGAGGUGAAGAUUGCAGGGGAGAUGGACAAGGGUCAUCAGCUGGAACCAGAAGGGAUGAGUGCAGACAGAAAUGCCGUGUGCACCACCUUCCGUGAUAAGUCAGCCAACAUGAGCACCCUCCUGGAGUUGUUCCCCAGGCUGCUAAGCUUGGAUGGCCAGGAGACACCCUCAGGUUCUAAGUGUGCUAUGGAAGCCCCCAAGUGCUUACCAACGUGCAAGGGAAGCUUCUUUGGAUCUGAAGAGUUGAAGAGUCUAAUCCUGCAAUUCCUGCAGCAGUAUUACUUGAUCCAUGACUAUGGGAACCGCCAGAGACUUCUGGGUGCUUAUCAUGAGGAGGCCUGCUUCUCCCUGACCAUUCCAUUCCAACCCGAGGACCCAGCCCUAAGCAGCAUGUGUGUGUACUUCUUGGACAACAGGAAUAUGAAGAUGUUCAAGGACCCCAACCUGCGUGUCCAGAUGCUGAAACACACAAAACAUGACAUUGUGCAUGCCCUCUGUGCAUUGCCCAAAACUCAGCAUGACUUCAGCUCCUUUGUGGUGGACAUGUGUUUCCAGACGGAAACGAUGUUCUGCUUCUCUGUCAGUGGGGUGUUCAAGGAAGUGGAAGGAAGUUCUCAGGGCUGUGUGCGUGCCUUCACCCGGACCUUCAUCACUACUCCCACCAGCUCUUCCAGUCUUUGUAUAGUGAAUGAUGAGCUGUUUGUAAGGGAAGCCAGUCCCAGUGAAGCUCAGCGUCUGCAUUCUCCAUCCCUGUGUCAGCCUUCAUGGUCAUCCUCUCCCCCGAGUAGCAGACCUGCGUACCUGGAAAUGCCCACAGGAAACAAGAUGGAUGUUAGUGGCCAUCCCUUGCGGUAUGACCUCAGGCUCCAUUCUAAGCAAAAUGAGCCUGAGCUUGACUUUGACUCCUGGAAACCAUCAUGGAAACAAGAAAUGAUGUAG